CGAUAGGAUUUAAACUUUUAUCCUCAAUUCAUACUCCGUUUUCUCUCUUUUUCUCUCUCUUUUUUAUGCCAAUUCAAAUACUUGAUACAUAUACAAUACAAAACUUAAAUUCUGGACAAGUUAUUGUAGAUAUAGAGACUAUAGUAAAGGAGCUAUUAGAAAAUGCGAUUGAUGCUCAUGCUACACAGAUUAAAUUGACACUCACAGAACAAGGACUUGAGUCUAUAGAGAUUAAAGACAAUGGGUCUGGCAUUGAACAAACAGACCGUAUGUAUAUGGCAAGAAGGCAUUACACUUCUAAACUCACUACGUUUGACGAUCUGGAGAGCCUGACAAGCUAUGGAUUCAGAGGAGAAGCAUUGAAUUCAAUCUGUGCUGUAUCCCAACAAGUCAUCCUGACCACAAAAACAACGUCUGAUCCCAUAAGUAAACAAUACACACUGGAUCAGGAGGGUUGUGUCUUGCAUGAAAAAACUGUCCACGCCAUUCCUUCUUGUGGCACACUCGUACAAAUACAAAAGCCGUUUUUUAGAAUACCCGUCAGACGUCAAUUGGCUACAAAAAACAAACAAAAAAGUGUUCGCAAAAUACAAGACAUGCUUGUACAAUACGCACUUGUGGUACCCAACAUUCGAUUUGCACUGAACAAAGAAUGGAUUAAACCGGCUACUGCUACGCUCACAAGCACUGUCAGUCUAUUGUUCCCUCAUGUAUUAAGCCAAAUGAUGGCAGAAUACAUGGAGGAAGAAGGAGAGAUAAAAGUACAUGCAUUACUUCCUAAGCCUAAUUCAGAUCCAUCGGUGGUCUAUAGACAAGAUAAAAUGUUUAUUUAUGUCAAUCAUCGACCUAUUCACUAUAUCAAGUCUGAACUCAAGGAAUUAAUACACACCAUCAAGACAAAAUACAAUCAAGCAUCAAAAUACAAUGAUCAAAAAAAGAACCCGUUUGUGUUUAUGGAUAUACAGAUACCCCCUAAAGAAUACGAUGUCAAUAUUGAACCCAACAAGUCUACUGUUCUUUUUCAUCACAAGGAACUCAUUUAUCAAUUAGUGGAGAACAAGAUGCUUGAUGUACUUUAUCCCACUGUGUCUAAUGAGAAGCAGACCAAUGAUUGGGUAUUCAGUAUGCAAAAUGAAGUGCCUGCUGAUCAACAAACACCACAUCAGAUGACAUCGAUACUUCCCAUGGUGGAGUCUACAGUACCAACAAAUGACAAACAAGCAAGGAUGGAUGACUAUCUCAAGCCAAGAAUAAAGCAUAUACAAGACAGUGUCAUAAAGACUACAACUCAAAAGCCUUUUCAGGCACUACUCACGCCUGUUCACAAGUCAACCGUAUCAGCUCAAACAUUAACUGUACCUAUUCAGAAACCUUUGAUUUGUCCUUCUGUCAUUCCUCAAAAAAGACGACAAAAUGAGACCCCACUUCAUCAACAACUCCAAGUGAUAUCGACUCCUCGUCUGCAAGAUAUUCAACACACUUUUCAUAGGACAAAAACUCGAUUUGACAAAACGCAUCGAAUCAAGAUUGAAGACUAUUUAAAGUAUCAUACGACACUUGAUACACAAGUACAUGUUCAUCCUCAUUUAGAUGUUCAGGGAAAACAACUUACGUUUUACACAGUCAACGAUGUCCAUCAACACAUUGUAGAACUAGGCUUAUUUAAAUCUCAAGACAUAUAUAUCAAUGAUCGUAUGAAACAGUUGCUGGUAGACCACAAAGUCAUUUGUAAAAAGUUAUUAUCAAGACCUGUUCAAUUUCAAUUAAGUAAACAAGAUCCACUGUAUGACAUCAUAUUCUCUAUUGAAUCUAAAGAAAGUGUUGUCAAGAAUGAUUUACAUGGUCAUACAAACAUAGUCUAUCAUGAUAUGGUAGAUGAAGCUAUUCUCUUUAAUGGGUUUAGAGCAAGAUGGCGAAAGGGCAAGUACAAAGAGCAUAUCGUUGUUCAAUUGACAGGCAUUGAACAAAGUAUUCCUGACUAUAGCACAGAAGACUUGAGAGAACUCUUGUCUGAUAUGACAAAACGACCUAAAAGACUACAACGCUAUUUAUGGAGUCUUGCUCAGCAGCAAUACAGACAAAACACAAAACAUGCUUUAGACUCACUUGUAUGGCGUGAUAUGCAGGAUCUUGUAGACUGA